AGCAAUUCAUAAAUCGGGAAGUCGGCAGUGGUUGCAAUUCAAAGCAACGCAGCUUGUGUGUGUGUGUGUGUGUUUGUCUUUUAAGUGGUGUAGCGAUGGGCUGAAUCGAAAUACAUUGGGUUGAGUUUGUUUUUGUUUGUGACACCUUACAAUUUAUUGUCUGAUGUAUACAAACGAUUCGACACAGGGGUUUAAUAUGUCAUUAUCAUACGAGUAAUGAUGCAUUUGUGUUUAUUACAUGAUUUAACCAAGUCCUAUUUUUUGUGCUUACAAAGUGUAAAAUAUAUGCUUGACGUCUUCCCUCUUUGGUUGCAAGGUACUGCACAGAAAGUGCAAUGCAGCACCUAAAGCAUUGCCAAGGUCUUGCUCAGGUCUUCCUUAUCAGGAGUCAAAGUUCCAGACUUUCAAAAAGCAGUAUCCCAUCAUUGUCUGUGUGGGAUGGUCAUCUCUCUUCUCGCUGGAGGAGCACUGGUAGCCAUGGAAGGCAGAAAUACUUUAAUGACAGGCUGCCGAAGUUUAGAUUUGCUCUGGCCGGGCUGCUGGCAGGUACUGGAGCUGUUUUAGCCUAUAAGCUCCAGCAAGGCAAGGUUCAGUGGGCAGCUACCUCAGCCAAGUUACCAGUAACACAAACUUCAACUCUUCCUGUUUACACCCUAGAAGAAGUCACAAAACAUUGUUCCCUUGACAAUGGUGUGUGGGUCACUUAUAAAGGAGAUGUCUACGAUAUCACUGAAUUUGUGGCCAUGCAUCCUGGUGGCGACAAAAUACUUCUGGCUGCAGGUGGAGCUCUGGAACCUUACUGGGCAUUAUAUGCUGUUCAUCAACAAGACCAUGUUCUAGAAAUCCUUUCAGAGUACAAAAUUGGUGUUCUUAAUCCAGAGAGUUACAAGAAGCAAGAGAGUGCCAACCCUUUAGACCCUUACUCUGCUGAGCCAACACGUCACCCUGCUCUACAGAUCAACAGUCUGAAACCUUUCAAUGCCGAACCACCUGCAUCUUUACUUUCUGAUAAUUACAUCACCCCUUCAGUCGUGUUUUUUAAACGUAAUCAUCUUCCAGUUCCCAGGUUGGAUCCUGAAACGUACAGGUUGGAGAUCGAGGGUCUCCCUGGUGGAGUAGUAUCACUUAGUCUAAGUGAGCUAAAGUCUCGUUUUCCGAAACACACCAUUACAGCUACACUUCAGUGUGCUGGGAACCGUCGUUCUGAGAUGAACAAAGUCAAGCAAGUCAAAGGACUCAAUUGGGGCAUUGCCGCAAUAGGCAACGCUACAUGGUCAGGUGCACGUCUGCGGGAUGUACUGUUGUACUAUGGUUUUGGACCAGAGACGGCAGCAAAAGCUAAACAUGUCCAGUUUGAAGGGUUAGACCGGGAUGUGACAGGUACAGCAUAUGGUGCGUCUAUUCCACUGAACAAGGCUGUAAGUGAAGAAGGUGAUGUUCUUCUUGCAUAUGAGAUGAACGGGGAGGAUGUCCCACCAGACCAUGGUUACCCUGUUCGUGUACUUGUACCUGGAGUUGUUGGAGCCCGCAGUGUCAAAUGGUUGGGGAAAAUUGUUGUAAGUAAUGAAGAGAGUAAGAGCCACUGGCAGCAGAAUGAUUACAAAGGCUUUUCUCCAGGUACUGACUGGGACACUGUGGACUUCAAAUCAGCACCAGCCAUCCAGGAACUCCCCAUACAGUCAGCCAUCACUCAUCCAGCAGAGGGAACCUCAGUAGACCUCAGUGAUAAGGAAGUGACUGUGAAAGGCUACGCAUGGAGUGGGGGAGGAAGAGAGGUUGUCAGAGUGGAUGUUUCGAUAGAUGGUGGGAAAACGUGGCAUGUAGCCAGACUUUGCACCAGUGAUAAGGGACAGCACCCUGCUCCUCCUCCUCCACCUGGAAGAGCCUGGUCUUGGAAGCUAUGGGAGAUAGACAUACCUAUUCCUCAUAAGGCUCAGGAGCUGGAGAUUGUAUGCAAAGCAGUGGACAGUAGUUACAACACACAGCCAGACACUGUCGCUCCUAUCUGGAACUUACGAGGAGUGCUUAGUAAUGCGUGGCAUCGAGUAAAGGUAAAAGUGAGUGAGUGAGGGUUUGAAAGACCAAAAAUGAACUUAGGAAUACAUGACAGUAAAAAUGCACAGAAUUGUUGUAAUUUUCUUGGGUGCAAGUUGGGUUGUAACUUUGCAACUGUUUUGAGCUUGUGGGUUCUUGAAAGUAUUUGAAAUGAUUUUGAUUUUACCAACAAAACUAGGUCAUUACAUUUUAACAAGCAUAAAUAAAUAACUUGAAUGAUUCCUGAUGCUUAACACACAUACAUGGUCAAAGCUGACUGUACUAAACAAGAUAUUUGUUUGUCCAUUAUUCCAUUAUUCCUGUCAGUAAGUCUUAUAUGACAUGUAAACCAUUUGGUUUAAUAUCAUGUUUUGCUGUUCUUUUUUUUUUUUAUUUAAAUGUUUUUACAUCACUAACGGGAUUGGUAGGGUGAGAAAUCAUAUUAAAAUCUUUGUGAACUCUAUAACAAUGCUUGUUCAGCUUCAGCUGUGACGCAAAAAUAAAAGUAGCCCAUGUAUGUGCUAAAAUUAUGUUGCAAAUAUGGCUGUACAUGAGGAAAUGUCGUCAGUCACACAGUCAAGACGAUCUUAAUCCUAGAUUUGCAAACAUUUUAGUAUUAUAUUAAGUAAUUAUACUUUAUACCAUCACACGCUUUUUUGUAAGAGUUAAUGUAAGUAUGAAAGUAUGGACUUCUUAAAAUAUGUGUGAAAUUCUGAAUAAAAUUGACUUAGGUAAAUAAAGCUGUUUAAAAUUUAGAAUGACAAAAAAAAAUAAAGUGGUUGGGGACCGUUGUGUAGUGUGCCAAAAAUAGAAACGAAUGCAGAGCCAUACUUAAAAUGGAUAUACCGGACUCAAAUUCAGAGUAUUGCAGUGCCACAUCAUGACCAGUGUAAUAAUCUGUAAUUAUUUAGCGUUCAGUAAUAGGUGUGGACAUUGGUGUAAUAUAAAUGCAAUCCUUAAUGCAAUUUGCACUGUGAAUGUGGAUCACUACUCUGAAGUAAAUACUCAUCUUGUUUAUCUUAUUCUUUUGUGACACUAAGCAAAUUUCAAAAUGUAGUAUACUUUAUAUUAAAUGUUUAACUGCAGUAUGUCACUGGGUGAAAAGAGAAAAUAAGACCCUCAUAAAUAAAAUAAAAAUAUAUUCACUAGA